GUAACGCCCAUGUAUUAGUCAAUGGGCUGUCUCUCUGUUGUUUUGGCUCUUCCAAGUAAUGUAUCGCCGGCCAACCAACAAAGCGUAUGCUCACUGUUUUUUAUUUUGAUUGUGUAAUUAAAAAUUUUAACAUUAACCCACUUUUCAUUCUUUAUUCUUACAUGGAAAAUUAAGAAAAUAAAGAGCAAAGAAAAUCUCCAUCACUAUUCCUUAGCUCUUUCAUUUUUCCUUCUCCAUCAUCCUCCACAAUUCGAAUUCGGGUUCUCUUUCGUCUCCCUGCGCCUUUGAUUAGUUCAAGAUGAACGACCUGCUUUCGGAUUCAUUUGUUGGGGAUGCCCAAGGUCAGCCUUCCAGAGAAAGUGAUAUUGAAAUGGGGAGGCAAGUUCCACGAACCAAUUCUGAUAUGGGAAUGGAGGCUUUCAAUAAACAGAUACAAGAUGUAGAGAGGCAGGUUGAUAAGCUCGCUGGCCUACUUAAGAAACUUAAGGAUGCUAACGAAGAGUCAAAAUCAGUGACAAAAGCAUCUGCUAUGAAAGCAAUCAAGAAGCGUAUGGAGAAAGAUAUUGAUGAAGUGGGAAAGAUUGCACGCAGUGUCAAAGCAAAACUAGAAGCGAUGAACAAAGAUAAUUUAGCCAACCGACAGAAGCCUGGAUGUGAGAAGGGAACAGGUGUUGACAGAGCAAGGAUGAACAUGACAAAUUCUUUGACAAAAAAGUUUAGGGACAUAAUGACCGACUUUCAGACCCUCAGACAAAGAAUUCAAGAUGAAUAUCGUGAGGUUGUCGAGAGAAGAGUCAUUACAGUAACUGGUAGCAGACCGGAUGAAGAGACAAUUGACCACCUGAUAGAGACUGGAAAUAGCGAGCAAAUAUUUCAGAACGCAAUGCAAGAAAUGGGGCGAGGACAGAUCCUAAAUACUGUUGAAGAAAUUCAGGAGAGACAUGAUGCUGUGAAAGAAAUAGAGAAAAAGCUUCUUGACUUGCAUCAGAUCUACCUUGAUAUGGCUGUCUUAGUCGAAGCUCAAGGAGAGAUUUUAGAUAACAUUGAAACUCAGGUAGCAAAUGCAGUGGACCAUGUACAAUCAGGUACAGAUGCUCUAAAAACCGCAAAGAGCUUGCAAAAGAGGUCAAGAAAAUGCAUGAUGAUAUCCAUCAUAUUGCUUCUGCUGAUUGCAAUCAUUGUCGUAUUAUCUAUUUUGAAACCAUGGAAGAAGUAACAGACGCAAGAUCACCAACCAUCAUACUAGUUAAUAUAAAGAUCCAUCAUACUAGUUACUCAUAACAAAGAUUACAAGGAUUUGGUUCAUUUCUUUUCAUUCAUUUUUUUUUUUCUGGUUGAUAAAGGUCUCCUGAUGAAUCAUGUUUCCUGGGACAAUCAAAUAAUACAACGAAGUAGCAUGUUUGAUAGAAGCUCACAACCUAUAACUUUUCUCUGUCUGCAAUUCUCUGUUAUCAUUAACAGUAGAAAAGCUAAAGUGGUUUUUUUUUUUUUUUUUUUUUUUUUUUUGGUGGGGUAUCUGAUGCCAGAAAAACUUAAGCAGGACUAGCAAUCCAGAAAAUGGGUUCAGAAAUGCCACUACUCUUUUAGGUAAGUUUCUGAAUCUGCUAAAAUAUCCAACUGAUGUGAAAUGGAACAAAGCAAGGAGAAUUAUGAUGCAAAAUAAAGAUAAACAAAGCAAGAAAUGACUCACUACACCAGCCAAUUAGGUCUUGCAAUAUAUCGAAGUGAAGCAACUUUCCAUUUUAUUUCUUAUAAAACUCCAAUGCAUGCUGCACAUAAGUCAUCUAGAAAAUACAUUCUACUUGUCACUGGAGAUGUUUCUUAUAGCACUCCAUUGCAGC